UCUUGCCGCAGCUACUACACGUUACGUUGAGAGCCAUGUAACGUUUUAUAAUGUAGAUUAGAAGAAUGUUGGUUGAUAUGAACAUUCAUGUUACUGCCAGCCUGUGUUUACCCUGGUGUGCAAUACCCAGUGUUAAUUAAAAGUAUAACAAGACAUGCAGUUUAUUCAUGAUAUAGCCAUAGUCAUAAGUAUGGCCUUUCACUGUCGAAGAAGUUGGUUCUGUAUCGUGUGUCUUUAUGCUGUUUGUGUAUCUGAUAGAGGACAGUCUGCUUCCGGGCAACAACCAGGCAAAGUUUGUCAGAACAUAGAUAUUCGUAACUCUGUAGAACAGUUUAAGAAGAUUGAAAACUGCACUGUAGUUGAAGGGUUUCUUCAAAUUGUUUUGAUUGACAAUGGAACUUCCAAAAGCUAUGAAAACCUAUCAUUUCCCAAACUCCGUGAAAUAACAGGCUACUUGUUGUUAUAUCGUGCAUUUGGUAUGACUUCAAUAGGGAAGUUAUUUCCAGAACUGACAGUGAUAAGAGGCAAUGUGUUGUUCCAGAACUAUGCUUUAGUUAUUUAUGAAAUGUUUCAGCUUCAAGAAAUCGGACUAAAAAGCCUAACAAACAUUAUUCGAGGGUCUGUUCGGAUAGAAAAAAAUCCAAAUCUUUGCUAUGUGAAAAGUAUUGAUUGGGAUCUUAUUGCCAAAUCUGGUCAAGGAGGCCAUUUCAUUAAACACAAUCAACCUUCACGAGAAUGUCCAAAUGCUUGUCAAUCACAUUGUCCUCUCAACACCAGGAGUGGGCCAAUUUCUCAACGAUUAUGCUGGAAUUCUCAGUGGUGCCAAAAAGUUUGCCAUUCAAAAUGUCAAAGUGCUAAUAAAACCUGUGAUAAGAGUGGAUUCUGCUGCCAUAAGGAAUGUCUUGGAGGUUGCAGUAUCAAUGAUUCUCCGAGUGGGUGUAGAAGCUGUAGAAAUGUUGUGUACAAUAAUAAGUGCUAUGAAAAAUGUCCCAUUGGAACAUACCAGCAUAUGGGAUGGCGGUGCAUUAAUGAGGAUACUUGUCGGAAUAUCACAACAAGAUUGACAGAGGGUAAAGUAAUUUAUUGGAAACCAAUUGUCCGUCUUCAGAGUUGUAUGCAAGACUGUCCGGCGGGCUACGUAGAAGCUGACGAUGAUAGACACAGCUGUAAAAAAUGUACUGGCCAUUGUCCUAAGGUUUGUCCAGGGACAGUUGUUGAUAGUGUUUCAGCAGCACAGAAAUUGUCUGGUUGUACAAUGAUAAAUGGCUCACUUAUCAUCCAAAUAAACAGCGGAGCCAAUAUUAUUGAAGAAUUAGAAGAGAAUUUGAAGUAUAUAAAAGAAAUAACAGGAUUUUUGAAGGUAUUCCGUUCCUAUUCUCUGGUGUCACUGAACUUUCUGAAAAAUUUGAAGAUCAUUCAUGGACAGCAACGUGAUAAGCAGAGCUAUUCUUUGCUGGUAUAUAACAACCAAAAUUUGGAAGACUUAUGGAACUGGAAAAUUCUGAAUUAUACCCUUCAGUUUGGUCAAGGGAAAAUUUUCUUUCAUUUCAACCCCAAACUGUGUGUAGACAAAAUCAAGGAAUUAAGAAAUUAUUCAAAUGUUAGGGAUUGGGAUGAUCGAGAUGUUUCCCCAAGUUCAAAUGGAGAUCGAGUGGCAUGUAAUGUAACAUCACUGCAGGUUUUUCCUUGGCUUGUAUGCUCUAAUGUUGCUGGAAUCAAGUGGGAGAAUUUUAGAGAGAAAGUGGGUGACCAACGAUCGCUUCUUGGCUAUACAGUGCAUUACAGAAAAGCAAAUGAAAAGAAUAUAACAAUGUUUGAUGGCCGGGAUGCUUGUGAGAUGAAUGUAUGGAAAGUUUUUGAUGUAGAAGCAACAGAGGAUAAAAGCAAAGAAAUUUUUCAUAUUAUUACACAUUUAGAACCUUUCACUCAGUAUGCCUUCUACAUCCAAACCUAUAAUUUAGCCCAAGCAGCGAAAGGAGCUAAGAGUGAGAUCAAGUACUUCAAGACUAAACCAGACACUCCUAGUCCUCCACUGAAUGUCCAUGCUCAAGCUAUAGCAAUUGGUGAGAUUAGAAUAAAAUGGCAGCCACCUAAAAGACCCAAUGGGAAUAUCACACACUACAUUGUGGAAGGCAAGCGAGAACUUGAUUUUGUAAUAGGAGUUCCAAUAGGAGCUAACUAUGCUAUUUCUUUAGCAGUUUGCAUAAAUAUAGAAAUUUUGGACGUAGACACUCAUUAUUUAGAUACAGAAACAAUCGUGAUUGAUUCCAAAGAAAAACAAGUGGUGGAGGAAGCAAUUGGCACAAAGCACUUGUGGUUUAACAACUCUUAUAAAAGUCCUAAUGUAACCAGUGAUACUAGUAGUGAAGAAGCUAUGAAUGGCAAGUGUUGUCCAUGCACAGAAAAAAAAAGUGAGAAGAAACAUGAAGUUGAAGCUGAGGAUCAGAUUCAGUUUGAGGAUGCAAUCCACAAUACAGUUUAUAUUAAGAAUCCCAGUUUUUCAAGAAUUAAGGGAAAUGAUCGUCCAAAAAAAGCUCUCCACACCACACUGAGUUCACAGAGCUUCACAGAGUCUACAGUUGAAAAGAAAAGUGACUUUCUGAACACCUUGGAACCUGAGGUUAUGACCACUACGACAACAUACACAUCAAAAGGAAAUGUAACAGAGAAUGGUGUUUAUGUUCAUUUUAGCACUAUUGCCACACAUACCAGUGUUACGGUGUCUCAACUACAUCAUUACACAGAAUACACUAUUGAGGUCCAAGCUUGUCAUUAUACUGACAAAGAAGAAAAUACAAGAUGCCCAUUUUACAAGCCUUGCAGCACAGUAGCUAUUGCUAGCAUUCGCACUUUACCAUUAAGUAAUGCUGAUGAUAUUGAUAGUGCUACAAUAUUAGUUCAUCCAGACAAUACAUCUGCCAAAACAGUGCAUAUCCAAUGGGAUGAACCAAAGGAUCCAAAUGGUGUUAUUGUAUCUUAUAGUAUUGAGUAUACACACCUAGAUGAUGAUAAUCCUAAACCUGCAGUAGUAUGUAUCACUCAACUUCAGUAUAAAGCAGAAAAGGGACACCAUCUUACAGCUUUGUCUUUUGGAAGAUACUCUCUUCGUCUUCAGGCUACUUCCCUUGCAGGAAAUGGAAAUUGGACAAAGUAUAUUAAAUUCACAAUUCCAGAUAAUACAGGUGGUCUUACAACAGAAGUACUUGCCCUGGUUGUCUGUUUUACAGUAGUUGUCUUCCUUACCACAGCAAUGGGAGCAUGGAUAUUUGUCAAACGAAAACUGGCUUCUAGAAUUCCUGAUGAUGUUCUGUAUGCAUCUGUUAAUCCUGAAUAUAUGAGUACUGUAUAUUUACCAGAUGAGUGGGAGGUUUCCCGAGACAAAGUUUGUCUAAUCAGGGAACUAGGUCAAGGAUCUUUUGGGAUGGUCUGGGAAGGAGAAGCCAAAGAUCUUGUGGAAGGCAAACCAAUAGUGAAGUGUGCUGUAAAGACUGUCAAUGAAUCAGCAUCAUUAAGAGAAAGAAUAGAAUUUUUGCAGGAAGCUUCGGUUAUGAAAUCAUUCAACUGCCACCAUGUUGUAAAGCUAUUGGGUGUUGUGUCCAAAGGCCACCCCACUUUAGUCAUCAUGGAGCUUAUGACUAAUGGAGAUUUGAAAAGUUACUUGCGUGCUCAUCGGCCUGACAAUGAGGAGAACCCUGGAAAACAACCUCCUACUUUGAGACAGUUUCUUUGGAUGGCUGUUGAAAUUGCAGAUGGCAUGGCAUAUCUUUCUGCCAAGAAGUUUGUUCAUCGUGACUUGGCUGCAAGAAAUUGUAUGGUUGGUGAAGAUAUGACUGUGAAAAUUGGAGAUUUUGGAAUGACUCGAGACAUCUAUGAAACAGAUUAUUACAGAAAGGGUGGCAAAGGACUUCUUCCUGUUCGUUGGAUGGCUCCAGAGUCUUUAAAAGAUGGAGUAUUUACUAGCCAGUCAGAUGUUUGGUCAUAUGGAGUUGUCCUGUGGGAAAUGGCAACUUUAGCUUCGCAGCCGUAUCGGGGAUUGUCUAACGAGCAGGUGGUUAACUAUGUUGUCAACCGAGGAGUAAUGGAGAUGCCCGAGUACUGUCCUAAAAAACUAUAUGACCUAAUGAGACUAUGUUGGUAUUUCAAUCCCAAAGCAAGGCCAACGUUUUUCGAAUUGAUUGAAAUGUUGCUUCCUGAUGUGCCUGACAGCUUUUGGAAUGUAUCUUAUUACUUCUCGCAACGUCCUGAAGUUAUAACCCAUGAAAACGAAGAUACAACACUCUCUACACCCCUGAAGUCUGCAGACAACACUGAGAAUCAUAGUCAAGAUGAAAUUGACCAGUCCAGUGGAGAAGGGGGUGUUAGAUUCUUUCCAAGUGCUACAUACAUCCCAGAGAGUACUCAUCUCAUAAACUGUUCUUGUUCAGAUUGUAAAGAACAUCAAUCUCCUCUGAAUGGGGGUAUUAGGGGUGUUGAAGACAGCAAGCAUCUUGCUAUUUACUCCCCAGAGGACAGCAAAGCAACCUGUGGAGAUGGGCAUCUGAAACUCAGAACUGACCACAAACAUUAAUGAAACUGCCAUUUGUUUAUAUGCUUAUGACCAGAUGGAAAUGUGUACACACACAGCUCAGAGCGGGCAUAGUAGUACUUAAUCCAUCGUUGAAUACAUAGUUCUGUAUGUGACAUACAAUUCCACAUUUUCGCAAUUGUGAGAAUGAACACUACAGUCAGUUUAGCAGUGGUAAUCCAUCCAACUCUGGAUUAGAUGUGGAUAAACUUUUCUAACUUAGUGACAUUGUAGCAGGAUCUUCCAUCUUGGGAGAUUUUCAAGCUACAACAAGGAUGACCCAAUGAAGGAUUAAAAUUUGUGUUCCUGAAAUCUUGACAUUAACUGAAUUACAUGAUGAGGAACAUUUUGUUUUCAAAUGAUAUUUUUAGUGAAGAAUGAAUUGCAUAUGGAUCAUGUAGACCAUGUAUUCCAACAAAAUGUGUGUAUAUACUUACAAAAAAAAUUAUUAAGAAAGAUUGUAGUCUGAUGUGAGCUUUAGGAUAAUAUGAAAAUACUUUUCAUAGAUCAAUUUAGUUAGGAUUGUGAGUAAUUAGUUUAGUUGGGACCAUCUGCAAGGGAUAUCAUGAAAUUUUACCCAGGAAAGCUUUGGAAGCUUUUAUAUAUAUAUUACCAGUUUUUAAUAAUAUGCUUUGAAACUAAAGAUUUACAAGGUGAUCAUGUUUUUAUUUCUCCAGCUGCUGCAUAUAUAUAUCAGUCUGUAACUUACAAGAACUGAUGAUGGAUUUGUGUUCCAACCACUACAGUGAAAAGAUGCUAAUAUUACUUGGAAGCCAAAUGUAUAUAGUAUGUAUAAAUGUAUUUGUAUUAGUUCCAAUCACUACUGAAGAUUAAGCGUCCAUGUAAGACUUAAUUAAACCCUGUGAGAUUAUGGUGGUGUUGUACAGUACUUAUGUAAAUAAUAUCAUAUUUAUGUGAGCUCCUAAUGCAGAGGUGCACUUUUGUUUUCUUCUUAUCUUUUUUUUUUUCUUCUGGACAGGCUUAAAACUUAUCAUGAAAACUUUCAUUAUAGUCCAUAAAAAUUGACUUAUUAUUACAAACUCAUGCCGUCAGCAGUUUCAUGAUUUACUAUCGUUAUGGUAAAAUCAUCACACCUUUAUUUUGAAAAUUUAAAACCGUUUUAUUCCUGUUACAUUAAGAAAAGUUUGAGCAACAUUUCUAGACUUCCAUUUCCUCCUGCUGAAUAACUUGGAGUAUUUUUAUAAAAUGUUUUGGUGUGUGUUAUUGAAAGAAAAGUAUGAAUUAGGAGAUAAAUAACAUAACGUUUCCAAUCUAUUUAAUUGACUCUAUGAAUUAAGGCAGCAGAAAUAAAUGAGCUUACAUGGUGCCUUUCUUUGUCUACUUGUAAAAUAAAAAGUUCAGUGUUUUUAUGAAUCAGGAUUAUUUAUCAAACGCUUUUACAGUGACUUAAAGGACAGAUACCAUUUUGGUUCAGAAUCUUAUUUCCUUUAUGUUAUUACUGUUUGGUUGAUUAUUAGUUUUUUGUCAUCAGAAAUAAUGCUCUAAGUUAGUUUGUUUGAGAAAUUCUUCAAGUAAGUUAUUACGUAGUUUUUGUAUGAAUACAGUUCUAAAAACUUUCAGGAACAAACCUCUUAGCUGUCCAUUUCUGUACAUACAAAUUUGAGAAUAAAAGUGAAACCUGUGUUUAAAAGUAUAAACUUUUAUUUAAGAAAGUUAUUGCUGUACAGCUUGUUGAUUCCAUUUCUGAACAAAGUAAUGAAUAAACUACUAUGAAUAUGCUUUCUACAUUAA